CACUGGACGCUGAUUGGCUUGUUUAUGGAACAUUAACGCCUUCUCCUCGCGGGUUCCGCCUCUUUGGUACUAACGUCAGUUCGGCUCGAUCCACAGGUGACAGGAGGGGGGUAACAGUUUAUAGCUUCUUAAAACGUAGACUGGAGGCCAUUUCUAAAGAGUAAAAAGUACUUUCUUACGAGUUUUAUUUCACUUUGGAGUCUACCGUCAGUUCUCAUGUAUUUUGGUGUCUUCGGUACAACAUUUAUGGACUGGACCAUUAUUGGACCACCCCUCAAUAGUCGAAGUUCCAUGACUCACCAGAAAAAUGAUGUAACUUUUACCGGCUUUCUCUUACUUUCAAAGGCAUAAAGACAAAAGGAAGUUUAACUUGUCAACCGCGUGUCGGAGGAAUAUUCUCAAGCUUUUCGCGGGUUAAAUGGCUCGGUUUAUUAGGUACAGGUGAAAGGAUACCGACAGGCCGCCAGUACUUUACAGUUCUUUCUCUGUCAGACUCAGUACAGUCAGAAUGAAUCCAGCUCGUCGCUGUUCGGCUUUAUUGAGCCAGCUGUGUGUUUCCUCCCGGGGAGCUGCGACAGCCAGGAAACCCUUUUCACCGGGAGCAGCCUCAGCCCCGGCGGGGACCAGGUACUGUUUCUCCGGCGUCGGAGGGGACGUCAAAGGGAGCUGUCACCAGCUGAAGCCGUGUGGAGCAUCCGCAACUGGGGCAACAGCAGUUUGUCCAAUGGGUGGCAGCAGUAGCAGGUUGUUUGGUACGUUGGCCCAGCCACUGAACAGUGCCCCCUUGGCCGAACCAGACCUGUACCCAGACCAUGACCUGGCCGAGACCGACCCGGACGAGCUCCUCAGAGAGUGUGAGGAGGCCCUGCGAAGGCGCCCGGCCCGGCCACAUCGGGACCUGGUCUAUCCCAGCGGCAUGAUGCCCUGCAGCCACAAGCACAACCCAUCCAUACGGAUCAUCCAGUGGAAUAUACUUGCACAAGCUCUUGGUGAGGGGAAAGACGGGUUUAUUCGCUGUCCGCUGGACGCUCUCAACUGGCAAGAAAGGAAGUACCUGAUCCUGGAGGAGAUCCUCACCUACCGCCCAGACAUCCUGUGCCUGCAGGAAGUGGACCACUACUACGACACUUUCCAGCCAAUCAUGGCCAGCCUCGGUUACCAAGGCACCUUCCUGGCGAAGCCCUGGUCCCCCUGUCUGGACGUAGAGCAGAACAACGGCCCUGAUGGCUGCGCCCUGUUUUACCGCCGCUCACGCUUCUCCCUGCAGGCCACAGCUCACCUGCGGCUGUCGGCCAUGAUGCUGCCCACCAACCAGGUAGCCAUCGUCCAGACACUUACCUGCAAGGUGACGGGCAGGCAGCUGUGCGUGGCGGUCACCCACCUGAAGGCUCGUAGCGGCUGGGAGAGGCUACGAAGCGCACAGGGCGCCGACUUGCUGCAAAGUUUACGGAACAUAACAUCUAAAGGUGGCAGCAACCAAAAUGGGGCGGGGCCAGGCAGCACCCCUCUGGUAGUGUGCGGGGACUUUAAUGCGGAGCCCUCUGAGGACGUUUACCGGCGCUUCAGCUCCUCCGUUCUUGGCCUGAACUCUGCAUACAAGCUGCUGAGCUCUGACGGACAGACGGAGCCGGCUUAUACCACCUGGAAGGUCCGCCCCUCUGGAGAGAGCUGCAGCACCCUGGACUAUAUCUGGUACUCCCAUGAUGCUUUGAGUGUGGACUGCCUGUUGGACAUUCCCACCGAGGAGCAGAUCGGCCGAAACCGCCUCCCCUCAUACCACUACCCCUCUGACCACUUAUCACUGCUCUGUGACAUCAGCUUCAGGGAGGAGCCUCAUAGGUUGAUGUAGGCUGCCAAUCACAGCAGCACUGGACAAACAGCAGGGCUGAGUGUGUAUUGGACAUUAAAGCGAGGAACGUGAACUUUAUCUAAUUGAGAACCUGGUCUCACAGGAAUCCGUGAAACAGCCACGGAUUCGCUUAACUCAAAAUCUGUGGAAUAGCCACGGAAUCACUCAAAAUUCCAUUAAACUGACACGGAUUUCGCUACAAUGCAAGUUAAUGACAUAUCCCGUGGCUAUUCCAUGGAUAUUUUUUCCUAUUGGUUUGUUCCAAGUCACGUGACUUUCAAGGUCCUGGCGGUCAGAACAAAAAACAUGGCGGACAGUUCUCUCAUUUUUAGUGAAAAAAUCAAUAUUUUGACUAAGUUUCUGCAUAAAAAUGGAUUUUGAUCACAUUUCUAGCGAGAAAUAUAUGUUUUAUUUUCUAAAUAUUCACUCCGUGAAUGUACAUAAUCACUUUGUAUGUUAGCCACGGGAUAUGACUGUCAUUAACUUGCAUUGUAGCGAAAAUCCAUGUCAGUUUCACGUGAUUCAGUGGCUAUUUCACAGAUUCCUGUGAGACCAUGUUUCUAAUUGACCUGACAGUCAUGGCAGGGCAAUUUAAAUCUAAUUGGAGUGUGACUAAGUCACCAUAAUGACUGUAAUGUUAUUAUUUUAAAGAUGUCCAUACCAGGGAGAAUUCGUAGGAGUUAAAUAAGACAUUGUGAAACAAUUUCUGAUGGAAAGAAAUUCUUCUAGUUUAAGAAAUUAGUUGGGAUUUGUGCUGAGGUGGAUGGGUUGACACUGGAAACUAGUGAUGUGCCAAUAAAGCCUCAUGAACCAUUUGCUUUAUUUUCUGAGCCCACCAGAUGGCGGCCUUGGUUUAUUGUAAAAGGCUCUAGCAAUGGUCAUCAAGUGUGUUUUCAGCCCUUUGUUGAUCAGAGAGCUCCAUCUAGUGGAGUCAGAAAAUAAAGAAAAUGGUUCAUGAGGCUUCAUUGUCACAUCACUACUGGAAACCAACAGCAGUUAAUACUAUCAUAGUAUAUAUUAUUACAUUUUUAAUACAUUCUGUACAUUCUGUCAGUUAGUUAUGCCAUUACUGAGAUCUUUUCCUAUAGUGUUUUUAAGUAAUUUAUUUUGCAUUGACAUACAACAUAAUCCUAUGUGGUUUCUCAUGGUUUGACAUUGGUAAUCUUGAAAAUGUUUUUGCUGUGACGACACUUAACUUGAGGACAAAUGUUAUAAUAUAAAGUAAUAAAGUAAUUAUUUUUUAAUCAUA